AUGCAGAAAAACAACAAAGGGUUAAGCUUCAUCCCCCAAUACCACACAACUUGUGCACCAGGGAAGAAAUUGGUCAACUACUGGUUCAUGAUUGUCCUUAGAAUAACACCCUCUGAAGCAUAUCAGUGGGGACAGCCUUCAAAUGCACUGAUUCCUUUACAAUGUGAACAUUGGGUGGAGCUGCCUGGUGUACCAUUCUAUCUGUCACAUGAGGCUCUUCUUUUCAAUUUCUUCAAUGAGGUCAAGAAGCUAUCCUGCAAGCUCAAAAGCUUUGUAACAAGGGGUGCUGCUGUUAUUGGGAACCAGUGCAUAUGGAAGGCCUUCAGCAGGGACCUCAUUAAAGGUAUCUACAGUCCUGAUAUCAUCUUGAUCUCCAACAGUUCAGAGAAGGUCAGAGUGCACUCAACCAACUGGGUGAUAAAGCAGCCUUCAUCUUCCAUCACCAACCUCAAUAUUGAUGGUUCCCUUCUCUUAGCCUGUGUGGAACAGCCCUUCAUAUGUCUGGAUUCACCCAUGGUGAGAGCAUUCACUCCCUACCCCAAGAUGUUCUCGAAGGUCAUCAACUACUUCACUGAGUCAGAACUUUCAUGGUUGGAAUAUGACACUUACAUAUUCCAUCAUCCCACACUCCAGAUCUGGGAUGACAAGCUUUAUUGGUUGGAUGAUGAAGAUAAAAAAACAGAAGGUCUGUAUGGCAAAGUCACAUGUGUCUUUGCAGUGAAGCACAGAUUGAACCAGACACAUCUCAUGAUCAAGGACUGUUGGGAUCCAUCAGAAAUGAUGAGCAAUCAUAUGGUACAUAAGAAACUGCAGGACCCUGCACAUGACCCUCUUGUACAUCUUACACCAAACAAUGACAGGUCCCUUCUCAAGAUUCCUGAAGAGGAAGAUCAUGAUGAUUGUUUGGACAAAGAGUGUGCUGAGAAGCUAGAUGGAGUCUAUUGCCAUGUUCACAAUCUAUAUUGGGACAAGAUCAAUUCCCUCCCAGGAAUCACAAUUAUGAAAGACCACAUGUGCCCUUCCUUUGGUCCAUUGAGCAAAUCUCCUUCUCAUAUGUCUGUCACUUCCAUAAGUGCUGUGAUGAUCCUAGUAGAGGACUUGGACAAGAUUUUUAAACCACAUGAGAAAUGUUCCAUGGUAUCAUCGGUGCUGUCAUUGGAUGGCAACUCCAUGCUCCUGGUGCAAGAUAUCUCUGCCAAAUCCACUAUCCCUUCAUGUCCUGAAAAAAUCUUGCAGGAGAGGAGCACCUGCCACACACAACAGGGGACACUUCCCUUUGAGUCUAACCAGUCAAUCAUUAGGGGACCAGUCCAGUUCCAUCAUGACCUGCAGUCUUACUUCUGGUUGGCCUACCUCAUUACCUGCAACUGUGCAGCUAUUCAACAGGGGAUGCUUGAGUUGCACAAUCUCUUCUUGGGUCAUGAUGAGAAGGACCUGGAUGGCUAUGGAUGCUGCAUUAACCUCCAACUAAUCACAUAUGAAAGCUUGCUUUUGGUACUGUAUCAUAUCUGUGACAGCAUCAACCCUGCCCUCAAUCUAUACCCCAAGAAUGAGGAACUUAAAGAGGCUCAGGUCCAUUAUCAGUACUAUCUUGAAAUGGGUAAUUGCAUGCCCUUGCUUGUAGAUGAUGAUAGAGAUGAAGAGCAUGUAGGGAGUAAGAGAAAGGCUGCUAAGACACACCCUGACACCAAGCAUGUGAGGGGAUCAGGAGCUAGUGAAGCAGGGCUUAGUGCACCCAUUCUCUUACCUCAGGUUGGUAAAUCUGGAAUGCAGGGGAGCAAAAAGGCUAAAUCAAAAGCCAAGGCAAGUACUUAG